GUUGCCUUUUGUCUGACGAGGUGCAAAUCCCGAAGGAUCUGACACACUCCUCCUCCUCUUCCUCCUCCUCCUCCUCCUCCGCGUCGCGGUGCCGCAGCAGCAGCAGCCAACGCGGUGAGUGCGUCCUGCAGCAGCAACAGCAGCACUGACGGCACCUGUCGUCUUCAGUACGAUCUUUAAACCGUUGUGGGUGUAAAACAAGGCUGUCAAUGAGGUAAUUCACAACCUAACACGACGGGGAACCAUGAAUACCAACGGCUGCAUGUGUAGAUAUUCGCUCCUCUGAAAAUUACGCAUCGAGCUCUUCAUGCUGAAGUGCAGUGACGCUGAGGGGAGCAAUUUCAGUGCAUCCCUUUGAACACACACACUGUGGAGCCUUCAGGAUCCUUGCUCUUCACUGGAGACGAUGAGAGGCUACCUGCUGACUGCAAUCUUUCUGCUGCCCUUGGUGGCCUCAGAGUCCGAACACUGCAUCAUCAAGCGUGAACAUGAGAAAUGCAUGGAGAGGAUCAUGCUGCACAAUCCCAGCGAUGACCUUGAACUAGUGUGUCCAUGGAUGUGGGACAACCUGACCUGCUGGCAGGCAGCCAGCAUUGGGGAGGUCGUGGUGGUCAACUGUCCUGAGCUGUUCCAUGACUUCAUGGGUCCUGAGGAUGAGAUGGGGAAGGUCAGUCGAAACUGCACUGAGUUUGGCUGGUCUGAACCUUUCCCUCACUAUGUGGAUGUGUGCUUCUUCUAUGACAACAACACUAAACCUGACACAUAUUUCGCCUCAGUCAAGGCUCUAUACACUGUGGGCUACAGCACAUCGCUGGUGUCUCUGACCACAGCCAUGGUCAUUCUCUGCAGAUUCAGGAAGCUCCACUGCACGAGGAACUUCAUCCACAUGAACCUGUUUGUGUCCUUCAUCUUGAGAGCCAUCUCUGUCUUCAUCAAGGACGGUGUUCUGUACGCUCAAGAGGACAGCGACCACUGCUUCACACACACAGUUGCAUGUAAAGCUGUGAUGGUUUUCUUCCAUUACUGUGUCAUGUCCAACUAUUUCUGGCUGUUCAUCGAGGGUCUGUAUCUCUUCACUCUGCUGGUGGAGACUUUCUUCCCAGAAAGACGUUACUUCUACUGGUACACCAUCGUAGGAUGGGGAACUCCCACCAUCUGCGUCACUGUCUGGGCCGUUCUGAGGCUCCACUUUCAUGACACCGGAUGCUGGGAUACAAAUGAACACACUGCCCUCUGGUGGGUGAUCAAAGGACCAGUUGUAGCCUCCAUUAUGAUCAACUUUGUGCUCUUCAUUGGAAUAAUAAUCAUCCUGGUCCAGAAGCUGCAGUCUCCUGACAUCGGAGGGAAUGAGUCCAGCAUUUACCUCAGCUGUGCUCAGAAAUGCUUCAGUGAGCCCACACAGGCUGUUCAGCAUUCGUGCAGGAUGUCAGAGUUAUCCACCAUCACACUGCGUUUGGCUCGCUCGACCCUCCUGCUCAUCCCUCUGUUUGGGAUUCACUACACUGUGUUCGCCUUCUCACCUGAAGACGUCAGCAAGAGGGAGAGGCUGGUCUUCGAGCUGGGACUUGGCUCCUUCCAGGGCUUUGUUGUAGCUGUCCUCUACUGUUUCCUCAAUGGAGAGGUGCAGUCGGAGAUCAAGAGGAAAUGGCGCAGCUGGACGGUAAACCGAUACUUUGCUGUGGACCUGAAGCAGCAAAGGCACCCUUCGUUGGCCAGCAGUGGGGUGAACGGUGGGACUCAGCUGUCGAUCCUGAGCAAGAGCAGCUCCCAGAUCCGCAUGUCGAGCCCUCUAGCGGAGAACGCCAACAUCAGCCUUCCGACCUGAGCGUCUGACGAGCAGGAGUCAAUUCAAGGUGCCAAUCCACUAAAUGUACAUCAAGACCAACCAGAGCAGACCAAAGUGACCCCUCACAGCUCUUUAUUUUAUACUCCAUCAUCGAGAAAAUUAGGUAUUUCUAAAAGCAUUUACUGGAGGUUUAUCACAGGUGCAAAGCUGACCUACAUACUUGAUUUCUUGACUAGAAAAUCUAACUUAAAUAAUGUGAAGAUUGCAAGUUCCAUGAUUAAUGAUGCACUUAACACUUUUACGGAUUAAAAUCAUGAAUCCCAUUCUUAUGCGGUGUUGCAGCAUAAAUUCUCUUACUUUAUUUCUGAAUAUUAAUACAGUUAGUGCCAAAAAAGGAUUUGGGGGUCAUAUUUGGCUGUUGGUGUGUAAAGUAAAUGUGCUUCAAAGUGCCAAACAGGUUGCCUGACUGGAUCUGACCUCGUAACUGGUCCAUACUUCAACACCAACCAAAUGUUCGCCUUGCUUGUACAAAUGCUAAUCGUUUAAACGUUUCAUCUUAAACUUUUUCUACAAUCAGCCGUAAGUACAGAGUAUGUCAAGAAUAUGUUGAAGAAAAAAAGUAUCUCAUGGACUUUGUAAAUAGUUUUUGGUGUCUGGAUCUGAGUUUUCUUUUUGCAUAAUGCAGUAUUGUAAUGACCUUUUCAAACAAAAGGAACUGGAGCCCAAAUCUGUAGACUAUUUCAUCUUAACUAUGGAGGACUGAGGAGAUCCUGCCUGCAAAUAUCAGCCUGUAAUGUAUAAAAUAACACACAAAGUAUUUUCUGUAUAAGAACAAAGUGCCAAAAUGAACGAGCAGUGUGCCCAAGCAGGACAGGGGCAAGGUUUCAGUCACAAUUUUUAGAAUAAUGAAUAAUAUUUUGUGCGCAACUACAUUCUUUUGUAUUUUGGGACAUUUAUUUAAACAGUAAGUAGAUUUAUGACUUCUCAAAUAUCCUCAGAUGGGAAAACUGAGAUUUUCCUGAAGUGCUUGUAGCUUAAAGAAACAUGACACUUUGGUUUUAGUAUUUUCAAAGGUCAAAAGGCUUAAAAAAAGGUUAGACAAUACUAUUGAAGAGAUUAUCAGAGUUUAUAAAGGACUGAAAAUUAAAUUUAAAAAAUUGGGGACUCUUUUGAGUGUUUAUAGAAGAGUUAACACUUGCCAUGUCUGUUACGAAUUUAAAUGCCGCUAGCAGAAGUGGAAAAUUGAUAAUAGUUUGUCCUAUAUCCCAUUUUACUGAAAACUGGUUAUAUAAAUGUUGACAUGAUUUCAGAGAGAUUUUAACCUCUCAGUUAUUAUGUCAAAGCAUUUGAAGACAUGGUAAACUUAAAAAACUACAUUCUGAAUUGAUUAUUCUUGUAACAUACAUCAGGAUUGUUAAUUCUGUUAAGCUACCACUUCUUUCAGCUGACUUUCACUUUCACAGACUUGUCAGCAAUGUUCUCAGACUGUGACUAUUCACAUAAACGUGCCAUAUACCUGUUGAUUUACUUUGACCUCCUCAUUAGUUUAUAUGUACAACAUUUUAUUGUAGGCAAUGAGAAUCAAACCCGCCACAUGCUAUCUUCUCAAAGCCUCAAAUCAUUUUGCAAUAUCAAAUCGGUUAAAACUCUUGAAUUUAUUAUUUCUCAUACUCCAAAGUGCCUCGUGGGUCACAAACAGCUCAGUUUUUAUUUACAGCAGAAGUAACAGAUAUUAAAAAGUUAAGACGGAGUCAUUUUUCCUGCAAAGAAUGUGCAGAGUGAUGUGUUUUUGUGGAAAAAGUUGUGCAAAUUUGUGCUUUCUUGUGGUGUGUUUUGCUUAUCGUUUGGAGAUAUUUUUCUUUUCUCUUUCUAAUAACUACAAAAGAGCCAUACUGUGUAUUUUUUCAUUUUGACUUAAGUAAUAACUACAUCUUUGAGGUUUUCUUUAUCCUCUUGGUUGCAGCCAUCAGACAUGCAAGAGAAGUGAAAGUCUAUUAGAGUAAGGCCCCAUCAUCCAACAUAUGGGCCCCUUCAUAACAGAAAGAAAUGCUUUAAUUUGACAGCUCGUGACAAUCGCAGUGUUUUGCUCAUUCUGUCUUUUUUUUCUGUCGUUUCCUUUGUGCAAAAACAAGCUAAAACUGGUGACAGCCCAGAUGGGGAAAUAAUUUAAUAAAACAAAAUGUGAAAUGAUGUGUACAGGUGGAUAAAUCCACAGUAUUUACUCAAGAUUUUUAUUUUUUGCACUUUCAUCUGUGUGGAUAAAAUGAAUGUAGUAUCUUUUAACAAUGAAUCUGUGAUGUUGUUGAACAGACAUGGAUGUAUAUUUUUUCAAAACCCACUGUCAUGUGGAUUUACUCAAUGUACAUUAUUCAUGCUUUCUUUGUGUUAUUUAUUGUAUGCCUGAUGUAUGAUUUGUGUUGACUUUUUCGGGUUAAAGUGCCAUAACUUUUGCGCCAUACAGUCAGAGAUGUUUUGUCUCAUUAUUGAUUUUAAAAGACUAAAAAAAGAUACAUGGAUCCUGCUGUCCAAAGCUGAAGAGGGUAUUUUAAAUAUUUUAGGGAGAAAAACAGAUAAAACCUCUUAAAAAGAAAGCUACUGCAGAGAUGUGUUGGUUGUAGCAUCUGCUUGGCUACUUUUUGGUAAAAUAGUGUUAACUGUGGUUCUAAACAUGUAUCAAGGGAGUCGGAGCAGGAGAUGUUUUUUUUUCUCUUCAAGCAGAAGGGGUUCAGAAGGUGGAACAACUGCGACAGAUAAAACACAAAGUGUGUACGAGGGUGUGAUUUCAAAAACCACUCUGCUGCUGCUUACGUGUUCUAUCACCAGCCGUCACUCUGAGUCUGAAUCAGCUCAGAUGGAAACGACCAUGUCUCAAAGCUGUUAUGUGUGUGAAAAGAUGGGUUGUAAACUCCUCACUUGACUGUGUCUGUGCUGUAUAUUUGUCUACCACAGGGUGGCAGUCAAGUGUUAUAAUAUUAGUUUGAUAGUUUGAGGAAAAGGGGAAGUUUGACUGGCUUUGGUUUGCUUUUUGAGCCUUGUGUUUUGGAUAGAUCAGAGGUAGGGUAAGGCAUUGAGGCACUUUUAUGCCACAUGCUUAAUGUUGAUCUUAUUAUUUUUAAUUCACACACAAAUCAUUAUAAAGAAUGCCUAGAAACUACAUCCUUCCAAAUUAAAGUGUAUCUAACCCGUCCAAGAAGUCAAAUCUAAACAGACAAGCUGACAUCAAAACAAAAUCAGAUUUUUUGUGAGCAAGUCAGGUAGUUUGCCUAUAUAACCAUCUCCCUUCAAAGUGAAUGUUACAAUAAUUUGUUUUAUUAUUUCCAUUGUGAUAAAGACAAGAAAAUGACUUUUUUUUUUUCUCAAGAACUAGUCUGACAUUUUGGAAACAUUGUCAGUCACUUUCCUGCUAAGAGUUUGAUGUGAAGCUAACUUAGAAAAGUGAUAAAUACUUUGUGAUGGGGUAAAUAUUAAACUAGCAGCUAGCUAACCGAUAAGUUUGCUACAACUUCAAUAAUGGGGUUAAUAUUAAGCUAGCAGCCAGCUAACUUAGGAGUUUGAUACCACUGUAAUGAUGAGAUGGCUAGUAGUUUGCUGACUUGGCAAAGAAUGAAGAAUUAAAGCAAAGGGAAACAGCCUUGCUGUUUCUUACGCAAAACCACCCAGUACAACCAAAAACAUGCCAGUUUCACACUUGGCCUAUGAACAGGUUAAAUCAACUAGACACAGUUUGAAAAUAGAUCUCUUGUCAAUACCUGAUAGCCAUCCAUUUCCAUAGUUAGAGAAAACAAUGGCUAGCUUGUGGAUAUUUGCCAACUUCAGGCUUGCUUUGAUCUACUGAACCCUGUUGUUGAAACUUUAUAUCAUGCUUAUGAAAAUGUUGCUAUGCCAAUUGUUAGAUAAGUGUGUAAUCUUUAAGGUCUGGAUCAAAACCUAUCCGUUCAUUUUAUCUCUUAAUUAAAUCCAACACUAAACAGCUAGCUAGUAGUUGUGUAAUGACUUAAACUUUGCUUUUACCUAGCUGCCGGUAACCAAAAUAGCAUUUAAUUUAACGGCAACGUGGAUGUCAAAAGGUCCCUCAUUUUACUCCUAGCUUCUAUAUGUAAAUGCUAAUAUGACAUUAUUGUUUUGCUCUUUAACACCAUGCAGAGGAACAAAAACAAGAUGGCAGAAGUGAUGAUCUAGAUUCUUGUGGCCUAUGCUUGUGAAUACAUUAAACACAGUUCCACAGCACCAAAAUCAACAACUAUCCAUUAAACAAAAGCUACUAAUUAAGUAGCUCAUAUCGGUUAGCCGGCUAUAACCCCUAAACUCACAGCUAUUAAGCUAGCCCUUAGAUAUUAGCCAUUGUUAGAUUCAGCUUUUGUUUACUAGCUAGUUUACCCCAUGGCCAAUACACCUUUAUUUGUCACCUGCCUUCACAUCUAACUCUUGGUAAAAGAAAAGUGUAUCCUUUUAUUUAACUAUCCUUGACGUGGCAUAUCUCUGUGUUCGAAUGCCUUUGUUGGCAGUUAAAAAUGUGUGUUGAGCCAGUUUUAAUAAGUGUUGAGCGUGUGUGCAAGUUCUAUUGAUUGCCAAUGAAUUUUUGAAUGUACUGAUGUUGCUCAGCUGCUCUUAAAUGUCGCCUGCUAUCAAUUUGCCAUGGUGUACAAAUGAUGUCUUUUCUUGAUAAUGUAUACAGUACUCUGUAUUCACAUUUUUGGCACACAGGUAGACCUCUUGAAAAAAAACCUGUAUUGUUUGUGGCCGUGUUUUUGUACAUUUCUCUUUAUGUAGCCUUACUGUUUUCAGAGUGUGUGUAUGUGUGAAUGUUUGGGAGAGUUAUCUCUGUGUGCAUGUGUAUGUUAUGGCAAAUAUUUAUGAGAGAUAUAAGUAACUUAAAUGUCAAAAGAUUAUUAUUAUUAUUAUGUUUUAACUGUGACUGUGUAUCAUGUGCAACAUGUGUUCCUGUGUCCAACAUUCAUGUCCCCGGUUGUGUAAAUU